AGAGAGAGAGAGAGAGAGAGUAACACUUUAUUACCUCCUCACCAGACGUUGUUGUUGCAGAGAUGGAAGGCAAACCCUUGUCUGACCAAGUGGCCGUUGUGACUGGCGCCUCAUCUGGUAUCGGGGAGGCCAUCAGUAAGGCGUUGGCAAAGGCAGGCGCACGUGUUGUCCUGGGAGCUAGGCGAACGGAAAAACUGGAAGAAACUGUAAAGGCAAUCGAAAAAGAUGGUGGAAAAUCUGUGUGUAAAAAAACAGAUGUUACCAUCCGACAAGAGGUGAAGGAUUUAGUAAAGUUUGCAGAGUCCACUUUCGGUCCUGUAGACAUUCUGGUAAACAACGCCGGGGUCUUUUACUACUCCUUGAUGAAAAAUGUCCACGAGGACUUAUGGGAAAAGACUGUGGACGUGAAUUGCAAGGGUGUUUUGCAUGGAAUUGGAGCCGUCAUUGGUGGAAUGGUUGAGAGAAAGAAGGGGCACAUCGUUAACAUAUCGUCAGAAAAUGGAAGAAAAACAUUCCCUGGCUUCGCUGUGUAUUCCGGCUCCAAGUUCUUCGUGGAGGGCGUGUCUCGCUCUCUGCGCCAGGAGGUGUGCAAACAUGGGGUUAAGGUCACAUGUAUUCAACCCGGCGAUGUGGAUACGGAAAUAUUCGGCUUGUGUGAGGUCGAUCAAGAGGCUAUCGAGAAGUAUGGAAGCUUCCCUCAAAAGUGUAAGAUCCUGGAACCUGUAGACAUCGCCAGUUCGGUUCUCUAUGCUCUUACCCAGCCCGACCACGUAGCGAUCAAUGAGGUGUUGAUCCACCCAAAGGAAGCACCCCUUGACUAUUAACACUGCUGGGCGCGGGGUUGUGUGGUCACAAAUUGGGACUCCUAACGUUGAGUACUUCAUAUCGGUACACAAAACUUGAAAACUAAUGUAACGGCGUAUGCCAGCUUCUAGUACACAUGUGUGGCAUCACCGCUGAUAUCGCAUUGCGACGAAGAAACAGUUACACUGAGGUUCUGGGUUUGAUACUGAAACUUUAUUUGUUAGAUCGAGAGCUCUGUGAAAAGCUCUGUUAACAGGCCAUUUUACACAAAACGAAAACUGGGCACCAAAUGACGGUUAUAACAUUACGCUAUGUGCGUUUUACAUUUAUACCGUUUUACUCGAAAUAAAGCUUCUAGAUGAAAGUUGUACAGUUA